UUGCUCUCACAGUCACACUCCAUACUGCCACUCGAAGCACUCUCACUCGUACAGCUUGAGCACGAACGCGCUUACACUUGAUCGAAACAGCAAGCAUGAGCUCGUGGGCGGCUCAGCUGAAGAAGCUCAAGCCGCUGUACCAGCACGUGGUGAACAACUUCGUCGCCGUGCUCGCCGCACCGCUCGCCGUCGCCGCACUCGUCAGUGUGGCCCGCGUCGGGCCGGAGGAGCUGCUCGGCAGGCUGCAGGCGCUCCGCGCGGCGCACGUCUUCCUAGCCGUGCUCGUCCCCACCGCCGUGGCGACGCUCUACUUCAUGAUGCGGCCGCGGUCCGUGUACCUCGUCGACUACGCCUGCUUCCGCACGAAGCCCAACUGCCGCGUCCCGUUUGCCACCUUCCUUGAGCACGCCAAGCUCGUGACCUUCGUCGAGGGGGCCUCCAUCGAUGAGCGCAGCGUCAGGUUCAUGACGCGCCUGCUCGAGCGCUCGGGGCUCGGGGAGGAGACCUGCCUGCCCCCCGCGCACCACUACAUCCCGCCGUACCGGAACAUGGAGGCCUCUCGCGCGGAGGUGGAGCUCGUCAUCUUCUCGGCCAUCGACGACCUGCUCGCGAAGACGGGCAUCAGCCCCGGCGCCAUCGACAUCCUCAUCGUGAACUGCAGCCUCUUCGCGCCCGUCCCGUCCUUCACGGACAUGAUCAUCAACAAAUACAAGAUGCGCAAGGACAUCCGCAAUGUGCACCUGUCCGGGAUGGGGUGCAGCGCCGGGCUCAUUUCCGUGGGCCUCGCGCGCAACUUACUGCAGGUGGCGCCCCGAGGAGCGCACGCGCUGGUGGUGUCCACGGAGACCAUCACGCCCAACUACUACGUGGGCAAGGAGCGCGCCAUGCUUCUUCCCAACUGCCUCUUCCGUAUUGGUGGCGCUGCCGUGCUGCUGUCCACGUCCCGCGCCAAGGCCCGCUUCCGCCUCGCCCGCGUCGUGCGGACGCUGACGGGCGCCCAGGACAGCGCCUAUCGGUGCGUGUUCCAGGAGGAGGACGCCGAGGGCCACCGCGGGAUUAACCUCUCCAAGGACCUGAUGACCAUCGCCGGCGACGCGCUGAAGGCCAACAUUACAGCCAUCGGGCCCCUGGUCCUCCCGACCUCCGAGCAGCUCCUCUUCGCGCUCUCCUUCAUCGCGCGUCGCGUGCUGAACCGGCGCGUGAAGCCGUACCUCCCCGACUUCCGCACAGCGUUCGAGCACUUCUGCAUCCACGCGGGCGGGCGCGCUGUGAUCGACGAGCUGCAGCGCAGCCUGGGCCUCUCGGACGAGGACGUGGAGGCGUCCCGGAUGGCGCUGCACCGGUUCGGCAACACGUCGAGCAGCUCGGUGUGGUACGAGCUGGCGUACAUCGAGGCCAAGGGCCGCAUGCGCCGGGGCGACCGCGUGUGGAUGAUCGGGUUCGGCUCCGGGUUCAAGUGCAACAGCGCGACGUGGGAGUGCAUCGCGCCGGCGCGCACCGCCGAGGGGCCGUGGGCCGACAGCAUCUGCCGUUACCCCGUCGACAUCCCCGAGGUGCUCAAGCACUAGCAGCUACCGCGCCGCCUGGUUUGCACGCACGGGCACACGCGUACCGACCACACCGCAAUCACGUCCCGUUUUCCAUUCUCCGUCUCGCGCAUGUUUCCCUAAACCUGGCUGGAUCGAUCGCGUGUGCCCGUAACGAGGAGGCUGACGUGACAGUGCUGUUGUGGUGGUGGUGACAGAUAGGCCGGCCGGCGUAACUGCUGCUGCGAUAAAUGCCGGGGCUGACGCGUCCAUGUGUGCCAGCCCCGACCGGUGGUUGUGCUCGGGUAGACGGGUACAACGGGUUAAAUCCCGGCCAUUCACACACGAAUAGUACUCGUGGUCCUCUCGAUCGUGUACCCUUCUUUAGUUCUCUCUUUUUUUUCCCAUUUGUUCCGGCCACUAAUAAUUUACUUGUCUCCAUUGGAAACAAGGGAAAUGUACUGCUUGUAGCACUACGAGUUCGAUCAAUUACACUGUUACAGCAUUGUA